AUGGACGAUAUAUCAGGUGCCAUAUGUGGUGACAGGGAGGAUGAUAUGACGGGUACCAUAUGUGGUGACAGGGAGGAUGAUAUGACGGGUACCAUAUGUGCUGACAGGGAGGAUGAUAUGACGGGCACCACAUGUGGUGACAGGGAGGAUGAUAUGACGGGCACCAUAUGUGGUGACAGGGAGGAUGAUAUGACGGGCACAACAUGUCGUGACAGGGAGGAUGAUAUGACGGGUACUAUAUGUGGUGACAGGGAGGAUGAUAUGACGGGCACCACAUGUCGUGACAGGGAGGAUGAUAUGACGGGUACCAUAUGUGGUGACAGGGAGGAUGAUAUGACGGGCACCAUAUGUGAUAACAGGGAGGAUGAUAUGACGGGUACCAUAUGUGGUGACAGGGAGGAUGAUAUGACGGGCAGCAUAUGUGGUGACAGGGAGGAUGAUAUGACGGGCACCAUAUGUCGUGACAGGGAGGAUGAUAUGACGGGCACCAUAUGUGGUGACAGGGAGGAUGAUAUGACGGGCACCAUAUGUGGUGACAGGGAGGAUGAUAUGACGGGCACCAUAUGUGGUGACAGGGAGGAUGAUAUGACGGGCACCACAUGUGGUGACAGGGAGGAUGAUAUGACGGGCACCACAUGUGGUGACAGGGAGGAUGAUAUGACGGGUAUUAUAUGUGGUGACAGGGAGGAUGAUAUGACGGGCACCAUAUGUGGUGACAGGGAGGAUGAUAUGACGGGUACCACAUGUGCUUGUGCAUUCUGGUUUGCCAGGAAAUAUUUCAGGGGAGCAGAGAGCGAAAAUAUCUGGGAUGUCGAUAUAUAA